CCCUGUCCUAUCAUUUUGGACACCUUGGACAUCUUGGAUAUUUGAAACAUCGCGCUACCAUGAUUGAAAGCCUCGUAACCUCCGGGGUUUCCUAUACCGCCUAUCUCUCUGUUUUGUCACAUCCAGUUCCUCAUAAGGAUGAGACUCUGCAUUCGUGGGCUAAAAUUGAGUCUUUGAUUAAACAAGGAGCCGUCGAUGUCAAUGGGGAAACUCUGGACAUUGCCAGUGUGGUCGCUGUUGCACGGUUUGAAGGAUGCGCCGCACAAAUAUCCAGUGAUACUAAGGUUUCCAUAAGAGUCGAGGCGGGAAUCGAAACAUUCAACGACUACCUUAACAAAGGGUACUGCAUAUAUGGUGUCAACACUGGUUUCGGAGGCAGCGCAGAUACCCGUACAUCGGAUGUCAUCCGACUACAGCAGUCGCUCCUCCAGCUGACCCAGUCAGGAAUUCUCACAGGAAGCGACUUUGUUCCGCGCAUAGGUGACUACAACCUUUCCUCACACGCGAUGCCAGUAACAUGGGUGAGAGCGACGAUGCUCGUGCGAUGCAACCAUCUGCUACGCGAUCACUCCGGUGUCCGGCUUGAGAUCAUCAAUACAGUGUUGAGAUUACUUCGGGCACGGCUCACCCCGAUAAUUCCAUUGCGCGGGUCCAUUUCUGCAUCUGGGGACCUGAUGCCCCUCUCGUAUCUGGUUGGCAUCUUGGAAGGAAACCCCGAUAUUAAGGUUUACUGGGAUCACCAGCCCGAGCCUGAGAUUGUGUCAGCAGACAAAGCACUGGAGAUUAUUGGGAUCCAGCCUUUCACUUUGAGACCGAAAGAAGGUCUGAGUUUGAUCAAUGGCUCAGCUGCUUCUGCGGCUGUUGCAUCUUUGGCGGCACAUGAAGCCAGUCAGUUGGUAUUAUUAGCGCAAGGUCUGACUGCGUUGACGUGUGAGGCUAUGAUGGGCAAUGCAGAGAAUUACCAUGAGUUCCCAGCCAAGAUUAGACCUCAUCCAGGUCAAAUUGAGAUCGCGGCCAAUAUCCGCAACGGAAUUAUUAACUCGAAGUUGAUUGAGACGUCCGGAACGAAAGAUCGCCUACGCCAGGGACUGAUCCAAGACCGAUAUGCCCUCCGUGGUGCGUCGCAGUGGCUUGGACCUGUAGUCGAGGACCUAAGACUAGCCAUCCAACAGCUUACCACGGAACUCAAUUCCACGCAGGAUAAUCCAGUCAUAGACUCCGAGUCAGGGGAGGUAUAUUUCUGCUCCAACUUUCAAGCAGCAUCCGUCUCUAUGGCAAUGGAAAAGACGCGUGGAGGCCUCCAGAUGAUUGGCAAACUCCUAUUCAGCUACUCUUCCGAGCUCAUCAACCCGGACCUAAACAAAGGUCUCCCAGCGAAUCUCGCGGCAGAUGAUCCCAGUCUGUCAUUCACGAUGAAGGGUGUCGACAUCAACAUGGCGGCGUAUAUGUCUGAGCUUGGCUUCCUCGCCAACUCGGUGACAUCGCAUGUACAGUCAGCUGAGAUGAACAAUCAGCCCAUCAAUUCGCUUGCUCUAAUCUCAGCGCGCUAUACGCUGCAGGCGGUUGAGCUGGUCUCUAUGAUGAGUGCGGCUCUUUUAUAUGUGACAUGCCAGGCGGUGGAUCUACGCAUUCUUCACGAAACUUUCCUAAAUGGCCUAAGCAAUGUGCUGCCAUUGGCAUUUGAAUCCGUACAUAUACCACUAGGGAAGAGCGCGGCGAUACGGUCUGAGAUCAUCCAGACUCUCCGCGGCUCGUGGAGGCAAUCUGCACGCGAUGACCUCUCUGUCAGGAUCCAGUCUCUGUCCACGGCCAUGGCACCGGUCCUGCUAGCAAACGCCAAAGAACUAAAUGCAGAGGAUCCUUUCACGGCAAUUGAGUCCUUGCGGCAGGAGAUUUGCCAGAGGGCACGGUCAUCAUUUGUAGCACUGCGAGCACAGUCAUUCUCCGGCGAGCUCAACGCGAAGUCUUCCCUAGGACCUGCUGCUCAAGCUCUCUACUGCUUUGUCCGACGGGAUUUGGACGUCCCUUUUCACUGCGGCAUUGGAGAACAUCCAACUUGUGAUACUGAAGCCGCGGCAGAUGUUCCUCCGCGUCCGCGGAAAACAGUUGGGUCGUGGAUUUCGAUCCUAUAUGACGCUGUGCGGGAUGGGAGGAUUCGACAGCCUUUGAGAGCCGAUUGGAGCCGUUUCAAUGGCUUUGAGGCUACUUGA